AUGGCAAUAUCAGCAUCUCAAUGGACCAACGAGGCAACUGUUGCGACGAGACGAGCCCUUUAUACCCUUCUUGCCGGCCUAAUCAUCUCUAUGUAUGGGCUAUACGUUGAAAUUCGCUUUGAAAUGGACCACGAGUACUCGGCAAUGUGCGAUGUCUCGCCUCUGGUCUCAUGCACCAGGGUACUCACUUCCAAAGACAGCUCAGGUUUUGGCAUUAUAGGACCACUGCUUGGAGAAGACAGUCCUCUCAAUCAGAAAAAUGCCUUCUACGGAGUGAUUGGAUAUGCAGUGUUAGCGAUGCUUCAGCUUUCACAUACCCAGUGCUCUGCAACUAUCUCAAUGGUGGCAGCGAUUCUUUUGAACUUUCUGUCCAUUUACCUCCUCACAAUUCUGGUGAAAUUGCGUGCUGUCUGCCUUGUAUGCAUCUCGACCUACGCUGUGAAUGCCUUGUUCCUUUACUUCACCGCCAAACGAUGUCGUGCACUUGCACAAGUUGCCAACAUAAACAACGACAAGAAACGCAGAUAG